CUUUUUUUAAUGAACUCUUGCAGAGAGCGUAUUUCUCGUGACAACUCCCAACCCUGCAACGCAAUAUCCGCUACCCUCAUCUCAUUAAUAUUGAUUGACACGGGGAGAGAGGGAGAGGGGAAAAUGAUGAUGUGGGAAGGUGAAGGAUCUGCUGCCGGCGCAGGCGGUGACGGAGGAGGAAGCGGGAGGAGGAAGCCAUCGUGGAGGGAGAGAGAGAACAACCGGAGGAGAGAAAGGAGGAGGAGAGCUAUAGCUGCCAAGAUAUACGCCGGACUGAGAGCUCAGGGGAACUACGAUCUCCCCAAGCACUGUGAUAACAAUGAGGUUCUCAAGGCUCUCUGUGCUGAGGCUGGUUGGAUUGUUGACCCUGAUGGCACCACUUAUCGCAAGGGAUUCAAGCCAACACCUAUGGAGAUUGGAGGAACUUCAGCCAAUAUCACACCAAGCUCUUCCAGAAACCCUAGCCCCCCAUCAUCCUAUUUUGCCAGCCCAGUCCCUUCAUACCAACCCAGCCCAUUGUCUUCCUCCUGCCCAAGCCCAACCCAUGGUGAUGCGAUGAUGUCGUCCCAUCCGUUCGCAUUUCUCCGUAAUGCAAUCCCAUCAUCACUCCCUCCCCUAAGGAUAUCAAAUAGCGCCCCUGUGACCCCACCUAUCUCUUCCCCAACCAGAGCUCCCAAACAGGCCUUUAACUUGGAGACCAUGUCCGUGUUUAACAGCAUUCCGUUCUUUGCCUCUGCCCCAACCAGCCCGGCCCGUGGCCACCAGAGAUUUCCCGCCACCAUUCCAGAAUGUGAUGAGUCUGAUUCAUCCACCAUCGAUUCGGGCCACUGGAUGAACUUCCAGAGGUAUGGGCCUAAUAAUAUGGGCCCAACAUCUCCUACGUUUUAUCUCAUGAAGCCCACUAAUGCUCAUGAGCGGGUUGGUCCUGAUCGUCGAAUGUUUUUGGAUAAUAAGGGUAAAGGUGUGGAGAUUGGGUUUGAGAAUAAUGUGGCAGUGAAAGCUUGGGAAGGGGAGAGAAUUCAUGAGGUAGGGUUGGAUUAUCUGGAGCUCACUCUUGGGAGAGGAACUACAGGCAUAUGAAUGAUCAAUUGCUAGGGAUGGAUGGAUUCUACUUUGUGAGGUUUCUUUAUUUUUCUGGGCAAUUAAAACACCCUUUCUUGAACGAAAAAAGAAGAAAAAGAUUGGGUCUUGAUAUUUUCGCUUUUCCCCGAUUUUUUUGGUUGCAAUGUUAGUUGUUGAUAUAUGAAAAUGUCAAUUAAGUUUACAUUUGUUGUUCGAUUAUUUCAUUUCUAUUUUCGUACUUGUAUUGUAUAGUCUUACAGUCUUAUCUAGUGCUAGUGGUGUCACCACUCACCAUUCGCAUGAUGACGAGGAGACUUUGAGACCGUUUAGGUCUUUAGGUGGAGUGACAUUUGACUAUAAUUGUUUAAAUUAUGGAUGAAUUUAUUUAAUUGCCUGAAACAUGAGUUCUUAUUAAAUUGAAGCAUCAAGCAACUGCUCUCCUUCUGUUU